ACAGUGUGGAAAGCGAAUCCUGUCACGGAGAAGGCCUGGGCACAUCCACGUGCAAAAUUGCCAGGCGGCCCAAGUCAACCAGCGAAGGCGCGGCUCAAAGAGAGAGCCACAGAAGAGAGUCGCAGCUCAAAGAGAGAGCAGAGAAGGUGCCGCCGCUCGAUCACAGGUGUCGCCACCUUGUCAGGGAAAUGAGCAACAAUCGCCUCAGCAAUCUCUGCAAAAGUAAUCAAAAUUUCAAUCCCACAUUCUUCGUCCUGCCACCAUGCAGUCGUCGUGGGGUCUACACUUUCUAGCGCUGCUGUGCAUCAUCUGUCUGUAUGCCAGAUUGGCGCACAGCCUGCACAAUCCGCUGAUGCGCGAAACUUGCGGAUUGGGAGAGGAGCUCGUCUGCGAUGUGCAGUUCAUCAUUUGCUGGGAGUACAAGUGCAAGUGCAUUGAGAAUCACGAUUAUCUCGGGCCAGGACUGGGCUGCCUGUUCGAGGAAUUUUCAUAGCCUUCAGCCUAAAGUCUGCUCCUCCUGCAGGCUGCAGGCUGCAGCUGUGGGUUGAUUGAAUAUCGAUGAAUUAAUAAACAAACGAUCGACUGUU